GGAAAAGGCUGAAGCCUUGGGUUUGGAGUGGGCCAAGCUUGCAGAGCUGCCAUUGGUUGAGCCCAUUCCAGAUUGGAACACAGGCCUUCAAGUGGAGAUGAUUAAAGAGAUGGUGAGUUGGAAGGAAUCUUCCAGCAAGGGCGCUUCCAGUGGGGACUCAAUUGCAGACCCCAAGGGCUUGAAGCCACCAGCUUUGGAGGCUAUCUUGAA